AUGGCGGACGAAGUCUACGAUGGUGCCAUUGGCAUCGAUCUCGGCACGACCUACUCUUGCGUUGCCACCUACGAAGGCACCAAUGUCGAGAUCAUCGCCAACGAGCAGGGUAGCUUCACCACGCCCUCGUUCGUCUCCUUCACUGAGGACGAGCGCCUGAUUGGUGAGGCCGCCAAGAACCAGGCCGCCAUGAACCCGGUGAACACCGUCUUUGACGUCAAGCGUCUGAUCGGUCGCCGCUUCGAGGACCCGACCGUCAAGAAGGACAUGGAGUCGUGGCCCUUCAAGGUCGUUGAUGAUGGUAACGGUAACCCCAAGGUCGAGGUCCAGUACCUCGGCAACACCCACACCUUCUCCCCACAGGAGAUUUCCGCCAUGGUCCUCAACAAGAUGAAGGAGAUUGCCGAGGUUAAGCUCGGUAAGAAGGUUGAGAAAGCCGUCAUCACCGUCCCGGCCUACUUCAACGACAACCAACGCCAGGCCACCAAGGACGCCGGUGCCAUUUCCGGUCUUAACGUCCUCCGUAUUAUCAACGAGCCCACUGCUGCCGCCAUUGCCUACGGUCUUGGCUCCGGCAAGUCUAGCAAGGAGCGCAACGUCCUGAUCUACGAUCUUGGCGGUGGUACUUUCGAUGUCUCGCUCCUCAACAUCCAGGGUGGUGUCUUUACCGUGAAGGCUACUGCCGGUGAUACCCAUCUUGGUGGCCAGGACUUCGACACCAACCUCCUUGACCACUGCAAGAAGGAGUUCACGAGGAAGUUCAAGAAGGAUCUUUCUGGUGAUGCCCGUGCCCUCCGUCGCCUGAGGACUGCUUGCGAGCGUGCCAAGCGUACUCUGUCGAGCGGUGCCCAAACCACCAUUGAGAUCGACUCUCUCUUUGACGGCGAGGACUUCAACAUGCAGAUUACUCGUGCCCGUUUCGAGGACCUGAAUGCCAAGGCUUUCUCUGGCACCCUGGAGCCUGUUGCUCAGGUUCUUAAGGAUGCCGGUCUUGAGAAGAGCGCUGUUGACGAGAUCGUCCUUGUCGGCGGUUCCACCCGUAUUCCUCGUAUCCAGAAGCUCCUGAGCGAGUUCUUCGAUGGCAAGAAGCUCGAGAAGAGCAUCAACCCCGACGAAGCCGUUGCCUACGGUGCCGCUGUUCAGGCUGGUAUUCUCUCUGGCAAGGCCACCUCGGCCGACACCUCGGACCUCCUCCUCUUGGAUGUGGUUCCCCUGUCCCUGGGUGUUGCCAUGGAAGGCAACAUUUUCGCCCCCGUCGUUGCCCGCGGCCAAACUGUCCCGACCAUCAAGAAGAGGACAUUCACCACGGUUGCCGACAACCAGCAGACUGUCCAGUUCCCCGUAUACCAGGGCGAGCGUGUCAACUGCGAGGACAACACCUCUUUGGGUGAAUUCACCCUUGCUCCGAUCCCUCCCAUGAAGGCUGGUGAGCCUGUCCUGGAGGUUGUCUUUGAGGUCGACGUCAACGGUAUCCUUAAGGUCACUGCCACUGAGAAGACCUCUGGUCGCAGCGCCAACAUCACUAUCUCCAACUCUGUCGGCAAGCUUUCCUCCGGCGAAAUUGAGAACAUGAUUAACGAUGCCGAGAAGUUCAAGAGCAAGGACGAGGCCUUCAGCAAGCGCUUCGAGGCUAAGCAGCAGCUUGAGUCGUACAUUUCCCGCGUUGAGGAGAUCAUCUCCGACCCGACUCUGUCGCUCAAGCUCAAGCGCGGCCAGAAGGACAAGAUCGAGCAAUCGCUUAGCGAGGCCAUGGGCCAGCUCGAGAUCGAGGACUCGACGGCUGAGGAGCUGAAGAAGAAGGAGCUUGGCCUCAAGAGGCUGGUCACCAAGGCUAUGUCCUCGCGGUAA